AUUGGAAUUUGGCUUGCUUGAGCUCAGAUUGUUAAUUCGAACAUUUUGGAAUUCAGUUGAGCAAUCUCCGUUAACUACUGUAGCUAUGGCGAUGAGAUCGAUUUACCGGGGCUUGAGGCGGAACGAUUUGCGUUUGUGCUCUUAUUUGCACUCUCAUGCUACUAGCUUCGGAUUUAAGGAAGUUAGGGAGGAUGAGAAGAGCCAGAUGGUUGGAAAUGUGUUUACAAGUGUAGCUUCGAGUUAUGAUGUGAUGAAUGAUUUAAUGAGUGGUGGGCUGCAUAGAUUGUGGAAAGAAAGGUUGGUUUCGAAGCUGAAUCCGUUCCCGGGAAUGAAGCAUCUUGAUGUGGCUGGUGGCACAGGGGAUGUUGGUUUCAGAAUCUUCGACAGUAUCCAUAGUGUUGCUCAUAGGGCUGUAAGAGAUGGUCAUGAUGAUAAUCUCCUUGGAGAAACUCAAAUUUUUGUCUGUGAUAUUAACCCCAAUAUGUUACGUGUUGGCAGAAAGAGGGCCGAAGACAGAGGGUUGGGAGACAAUAAAUCUCUCGUUUGGGUUGAAGGAGAUGCGGAAAAAUUAACAUUUGGUGAUGCUACAAUGGAUGGUUACACAAUUGCAUUUGGAAUAAGGAAUGUAACACAUAUAGAAAAAGCUCUUGCAGAAGCUUACAGGGUGCUUAAACCAGGGGGGAGAUUUCUCUGUCUCGGACUCAGCCAUGUGGAACUUCCAAUUUUCAAAGAUUUAUAUGAUUAUUACUCAUUUGCAGUCAUCCCGAAAGUGGGAGAGCUGGUUGCAGGUGAUCGUGAAUCUUAUCAGUAUCUGGUAGAGAGUAUCCGCCGCUUCCCCAAACAGGAGAGAUUUGCGACAAUGAUCGAAGAAGCUGGUUUUCAAAAGGUCGAGUAUGAAAACCUUGUGGGAGGUGUCGUCGCCAUCCAUUCGGGACUCAAGUUUUAGGUUCUGUUCAUUUCUGUUUGCUUUUGAUUACUACUGUUUUGGUUCUUAGAUGAAGUAGAAUAGCUCACAGAUGUUGUGUAGAUAGUAUAAUUUACUACUACUUAUGUUUGAAAUGGUUAAACAAUAUGUUCAUUUACCAGGAAAUAUAAAAACUUGAAAUAUUGCCUUUU